AUGUCUAAAACCAGUCUUAGCAACAAAAUUUCCAUUCAAGACAUUGAUGUCAAAAAUAAACGUGUUUUGAUUCGCGUUGACUUUAACGUUCCUUUCCAAGAUGGCAAAAUAUCCAAUAAUCAACGUAUCGUCGCAGCUUUACCUACUAUUAAAUAUGCUUUGGAAAAUGGAGCUAAAGCUGUUAUCCUAAUGUCUCAUUUGGGUCGUCCAAAUGGAAAAUCAAACCCUAAAUAUUCAUUGAAACCUGUUGCCGAUGAACUCGGUCGUUUACUUGAGAAAGAAGUUUUGUUUUUAAAUGAUUGUGUAGGCCCCGACGUUGAAUCUGCAGCGUCCAAUGCAACUGGAGGUCAAGUUAUCCUACUUGAAAACCUCAGAUUUCAUAUCGAAGAAGAAGGUUCUGCCAAAGAUGAUGCAGGAAACAAAGUCAAAGCCAAACCCGAAGAAGUAAAUAAAUUUCGAGCAUCUCUUUCAAAACUUGGAGAUGUGUAUGUCAAUGAUGCUUUUGGAACGGCACAUAGAGCACAUAGUUCCAUGGUCGGUGUAGAACUUCCCAAUCGCGCUGCUGGCUUCUUAUUAAAAAAGGAACUAGAUUUCUUUGGCAAAGCUUUGGAAAAUCCCGAAAGACCUUUCUUGGCCAUUCUUGGAGGCGCCAAAGUUUCUGACAAAAUUAAAUUGAUUGAUAACCUCCUCGACAAAGUUGAUUCCAUGAUAAUUACAGGUGGAAUGGCUUUCACUUUCAAGAAAACCCUUGAUGGUGUAAAGAUUGGAAAUUCUUUAUUUGAUGAAGAAGGUUCCAAGACAGUUGCUAAUUUGGUUGAAAAAGCCAAAACAAAAGGAGUGAAUUUGGUUUUCCCAAUAGAUUAUGUAACAGCAGACAAAUUUGACAAGGAUGCUAACACUGGAUAUGCUACGGAUGAGACAGGAAUUCCCGAUGGAUGGUUAGGAUUAGAUUCAGGAGAAAAGACAAAUGAACUUUUCAGAAAAGCAAUUCUUGAGGCUAAAACUAUACUAUGGAAUGGUCCUACAGGGGUAUUUGAAUUUGAUAAAUUUGCAGUUGGUACAAAAUCGGCCUUAAAUGCAGUAAUUCAGGCCACACAAAAAGGAGCUACAACUAUUGUAGGUGGUGGUGAUACUGCAACUGCUGCCGCUAAAUGGAAUGCUGAAGAUAAGAUUUCACAUGUAUCAACUGGUGGCGGUGCUUCUCUUGAAUUACUUGAAGGCAAAGAAUUGCCUGGAGUUUCUGCUCUUUCUGCAAAACUAUAA